UAAACCCUGAGGAGGAUCUGGUAGUUUUAUUUUAAUACAACCCUCGCAUCUUUCAGGACCAUGACUGAGCAUCCGGCACAGGAAGGAUGAGUUCCACGUCAAGGAAGAAAGCUCGGACUUCAUUUGGGGCGACUGCUCCACCCUUCAUUGACUACCUAAAAGAUAUCCUACGUCGAUAUCCAGAUGGAGGACAAAUUCUGAAGGAGCUGAUUCAAAAUGCAGAUGAUGCCCAGGCUACAAAAGUGGUUUUCAUUCACGAUGAGAGAAACUAUGGCACAGACAACCUUUGGGCUGAAGAUUUGGCAAAAUACCAAGGUCCUGCCCUCUACGCCUACAACAAUGCAGCAUUCAGAGAUGAUGACUGGGAGGGAAUUCAGAUGGCAGGGAGGAGCGUCAAACGCAAUGACCCAAACAAAGUUGGGAGGUUUGGCAUUGGCUUCAACUCUGUCUAUCACAUAACAGAUGUACCGAGCAUAUUCAGUUCAGGACACCUCGGAAUCAUGGACCCCCAAGAAAAAAUAUUUGGGGAAAGAAAUGGAGGUUUCCUCUGGUCCUUAGAUGAUACAGAAGACAGAGAAACUCUGAUGAACAUGCACAAUCAGUUCCAACCAUUUAGGGAUAUCGUCUCACUUGUAAGCAAACAAGAAUGGUCAAAAGUUAUUGAGCAUGACAAGCACUUUGAUGGAACAAUUUUUAGAUUCCCCUUGCGCAGUGAGGCAUCAGAGAUUUCAGAUAAUCUGUAUGACUCCAACAAGGUUGUUGAGCUUUUUGAUAGCUUCAUAGCAGAUGCAGACCUGAGCCUCCUGUUCCUGAAGAAUGUGACAGCUGUAUCGUUGAUGCACAUCAGUGCUGAUGGCUCUGUGAACACCAGACUUGCAGUGAAAUCCUCAGUCUCAGAAAAUGUCAUUUUGGAGUCAAAAGCUGAGUCAUUGGUCAAGGGCAUGACAAGGUUCAAAUCAAUAACCCUCAACUCGAAAGACCACAAAGAAAUAAAGUGGCUUGUGACGACAUGUACCAUGAAACAAGGCAAGGUAGAAAAACUUGACUCACUCGCAGAGAAGUUAAGUUUUAUUUCUCAAGUUGACUUGGCUUUUCCUAUCAAUGAGAAGACAGACUGUAGUAAGAGUAGACUGAGCUGCUUCCUCCCCCUCCCAAACAACGAAUCCAACAGGACAGGGCUUCCAGUUCAUGUCAACGCAUACUUCGGCCUCACAGACAACAGAAGACACAUCAAGUGGCAAGAAGAAGACCAGAAACAUGACGAACAUGCUGUGUGGAAUGAGCUGCUGAUGAAGGAAGUGCUACCGCAGGCAUACCUCACAAUCAUUCAAGACGCUAUCAAACUUGCAGAAGAUUCGGUUCUUCCCGUUUCUUCUGUGUACGAUCUGUGGCCAGAUGUAGCCCAGUUACAGCACAAAGAGAAAUGGUAUGAUAUCUCCCUAGAUGUUCUUCAUCACUUAUUCAGCCAGAAUAUUCCCAUCCUCUCUUUGGCCAAAGAUGAAAGACGGUUUAUCACCCCAUCAGAAGCUGUGUUUCCAUGUAACGGUCCAACUGGUCUUGACGUACUGGCUGCCAUUAAGAGGACUCUGGUUUCCCGUGGGGAAAACCUUGUCACUUUACCAGACAGAGUUGCACAAGCCAUAAAAAAGGCUUAUCCCCACCUCGACAGCCUGAGACACGUGACCCCAGCUUUUAUAAGGGACCUUCUUCGCAAGACUGGUGUGCAAACCAUCUCUAAAGGAGACAAACUCUGUCUUCUGGAGUAUACCUUGAGUGAUGGAAAAUACAGUGAACUCCAGGGUCUUCAGCUGCUUCCACUAUGUGAUGGGUCAUUCAGGUCUUUCACAAAGAAAGAGGAGGACACUGCAUUAAUUGACAGCAAUGAAUUUCCAAGGGUCCUGCUGCCAUGCUGCAAACACCUCUUCAUACCAGAAGAUCUGAGUUCAACAUGCAUUACCCACCUGAAACAACUGGCCACAAAAAAUGUAUUCAAAGUCAUCAACAUUGACGCAUACCAGGUGGCCGAAUACACCAGGAGCCAUAUGCCCAAGGACUGGUUGAAAACAGGGAAGGGGCUCGUAAAUUGGGAGGUAGGCAGCAGCCAACAUCCACCUUUAGCCUGGCUCCAAGAAUUCUGGACAUUUCUCAACACUCAUUUCAAAGAGUUAAGUUCUUUUACUGGAAUGCCAUUAAUACCAGUUACUUCACUGACUCCCAGUCAGCCUGUAUCACUAGCAAGACUGCAAAAGAACACAACCCAUUUUGAGAGAAGUAAACUGAUGAGCUUACCACAACAAAUAGCUCAGCUGGUGAAAAAAGUUGGUGGCACAGUGGUGAAAGAAAAUGACUGGCUCAAGCAUCAAGAUCUGGACUCUUAUGUCCUGAGCCCAUCUCCACGGAGUGUCAUGAAAGUGAUUAUGAAUUUAGAUCCGCAGCAAGUCAUCAGAGAGCUCAUGAAUGCUUCACAAAGUUCAGUAGAAGAACUGAAAGGUUAUCUUUCUAGUCUGGAUGCUCUCUCAAGCAGUGAGAAGGAUUUGCUCUCAAAGUUACCUUUGUUCCAAACCAUGAAAGGAUUACGCACUUCAGCUCAAUCAAAACAGGCAGUGCUUUUAAAUUCUGGUCUAACAAUACCAACAGAGCUACCUAUGCCUGAUUCAGUAGUAAAGUGUGCCACUGAGGCUGAUCGCAGACUUCUACAGCUGCUCACAAUUCAUCUCUUGGACACAGCCAAUGCAGCCAUUCUCCUCAUUGACUCCAUUGAGGAUAGAGCUUGCAGUAAAAAAGACACUGAGAACACCAUGGCCUGGAUUUUAGACCAUGGUAAUGUCCUUUUCUCCCAAAAUCAGACCUUGAAGCAUCGAUGUAAAAACUUGAAAUUCAUUGAAGUGAAUGGUGUGCUAAAAAAGACUUCAAGCUUUUUUGAUCCAAGAGUUAAAUAUUUCAAAGUGAUCUUUGAAUCAGAUUUUUUCCCCUCACCUUUGUACACUAAGACAUCACAGAUGCUAGCAAGCCUGUUGGAUAUGGGUUUGAUGAAUAAAGAAGUGCAGGCAUCACCUGAUCACUUGCUGCGAGCUGCCACACUGAUUGAAAAGCUCCAUGUUACAUCUCAGAAGGAAGCUCAGGAAAGAGCUGAUGUCCUACUGAAAAUGUUGGAUGCUCAUGAUUUACUGAAAAAGUUUUCCAAAGAACAGCUUGAAUGUCUUAAAAGGCUUAAAUGGAUGCCAUGCACUGAAGCAGGUAAGGCCAAAACACAGUGCAAUGACAAAUCUCUGAAAAGCUCCUUCUUCUGCCCUGAUGAAAUCAGACAUUCUAUGUAUGAGGACAUUGUUGGACUUGUGAUGCCUCUGGAGGGGAAGCUAAGUGACCGAUUAUGCAGCACACUUGGUCUCAAACGCAUACCACCAGCUGAAAAAGUGGUGGAGAAUUUGUCAGCCUUAAUAUCAAAAGCACAGAAAAUGACAGAUCCUGACACAAAUGUGGAUUUCAAAAGGAUGCUACGAAGCAUUUACGAGCACAUGCAAAAUCACAUUUCUGAAUUUGCAACAUUGAUGAACAAGGACACAAAGUGGCUGUGGAACCAUGACAAGUUUGUUUCUCCUCAGGAUCUGGUUCUAGAGCAUCCACAUAAUCUAGAUCUGAGCUCAUACAUCGGGAAAGUUCCAAAUGAAUUUCUACCUUACAAGAAGCUACUCUUGGAAUUUGGCCUCAAAACAUCACUUACAGAUGAAGAAAUUAUUGCCAUUCUUCACUCUAUCAAGCAAACCAUUGAGGGAAGGGAACAGCCAGUUGCAACUUCCUCUGAGGUUAGAGCAUCGAUUGAGAUUCUGAACUGGUUAUGGAAAGAGAAGAAGAGGGUACAGGAUGACAUCCCUGUACCUGUCACUGUGCAGGGUGGACAUUGUACCCUUAAACCACGGUCCAUGACAGUCUUCUGUGAUGUGAGCAGAAAUGGUCUGCAAGAACUCAAAUACAGCCAGGAGGAAAUUUAUGUUGUACACGAGGAAAUACUUACAGCCACAGCUGAAUGGCUAAACAUCCAGUUCCUCAGUACUUACAUUCCUGACCCAGAGUUAGUGGGAAUAGAACAGUGCGGACAGUCUGAACCAAUAACAACACGAAUUAAAAACAUUCUAAAGGAGUAUGAUGAGGAAAGUGACAUCUUUAAAGAGAUCAUCCAAAAUGCAGAGGAUGCUGGGGCAGAGGCCUGUAAAUUCUUAGUGGAUUUCAGAAUGCACAAAGACUCCCCUGAAAGUCUGAUCGAUCCUGACAUGAGUCUUUGUCAGGGACCUUGUAUUUGGGCUUUUAAUGACAAGCAAUUCACUGCUGAUGACUGGGACAAUAUUGUAAGAGUGGGAGCUGCUUCAAAAGAGAACAAGGUUGAGAAAAUUGGAAAGUUUGGACUUGGAUUCAACACAGUCUAUCAUGUGACAGACAUCCCCUCCAUUCUGAGUGGUAGAAGUCUUCUAAUACUUGAUCCAAAUGUAACUCACCUUACAAAGCAUAUCAAACACAAAACAAAUCCUGGAAUCAAGCUGGACCUCUCGCAACAGCGCCUUUUUAGUUGUUUUCCAGGUCAGUUUGGACCAUAUGAACGCAUUUUUGGUUGCAGCUUCACCAGAAAAAGUCCUCCUGCACACUAUCCAGGCACUUUGAUCAAACUACCCUUCCGAACUCAUGAAGAGGCUCUCAAGUCAGAAAUAAGCACAAAAGUGUACUACAACCAAGAUGUCAUCACUUUUCAGCAGCACUUCUCGAACAAUUCCCAGUCUCACUUGCUUUUUCUGAAGAAAAUCAAUACAGUGUCUCUACAAAAUAUCUCAAACAAUGCUUCAACCCCACCAAGAGAUGAUGAAAUACAAACUGUCUUCACCGUUUCCAAAACCACCGUGAGUACAAUGAAGAUUCCAGAGGAAAGCUGUGUGUCAAAACAGCGUCAAGCUGAGCAAUCACUCAUGGAACUUGAUAGAAAAUGCAAAGAUGUAAUCGACUGUACUGAUGUCAGCAUCGUUGAAAUAACACGUGAGCAAUCAGGUGAAACUCAAGUCCAGUACUGGCUCUUGUACAACUGCUUUGGGACAAAUGAGUCUUUAAAAAUGGCCAUCAACAAAAACAAGAAAGUUACAUUCUCAUUGCCCAUUGGAGGGAUAGCUGUGCCUCUACAAAACAAUCCAGAAACGGGGAAAUUUGAAGCAUCCCAGACAAAAGUUGUUGGGCAGGCAUUUUGCUUUCUCCCUCUGUCCAUUCACACAGGCCUACCAGUCAAUAUAAAUGGAACAUUUGCUGUGACAAGCAACCGCAAAGGCCUUUGGGAAAGUGGAGUUAAACAUGAGUGGAACAAAGCUCUGCUUCAGGAUCCUGUAGUGACAGCCUAUGUAACUGCACUGUCUAUGUUGAAGAACAUGUCUGAGAACAAGCAGCUGGAAAAUUACUGUUACUACACAUUUUGGCCUGACAGGGAGAAAGUAAGUGAAACUUUCAAGCCUUUGGUGGAUGCCUUUUACUCCACUAUUGCCCAACACUCCAUUGCUCCACAACUCUUUAGCAAUGGCAAAAAAUGGUGCUCAAUGAAAAAUGCCAUAUUUUUGGAUGCGAGCAUUGAAGAGGAUAAGAACAUUAGCACACUUGCAAUGCAGGUGUGUGAAAAAUACAUGAAGAACAACAACCUUAUCAUUCCUCUUCCAAUGUGGGUGAGAAAUAGCUUCAAACAGGCUGGUCUAGGAAAUGUUUUACAAGACAGAACAUGGAACUGGGAGACAUUUUACAGAGAAGCAGUAUUUGUUAACCUGGCAAACAUGGAUCCUAAGUGGAGAGAUACCCUUAUACUGCAUGCUAUUGACCUUAAUUUAAAGGCUAUUGACAGUCUUUUGGUCCACUAUCAUUGCAUCCCCACAACAAGUGGCCAGCUCCAACAUAUCAAUAAACUCGUCAAUCCAUCAGGGAAGGUGGCAUGUCUCUUUGAACAGGAAGAGGGACGCUUGCUUAGAGGAACCAUAAGUGACUUCUGCUCCCCAAAAAGGAUUCAGCGCUUGAUGGAGCUUGGAAUGGCAACUGAUGAGCUUUCAUUGGAAGACAUUGCGGUGAAAGCAGAAACAAUCACCAAAACCUGGAUCACUGACAAAACGAAAGCAUAUGGGCGCUUAAAAUGCCUUCUUCAACUAAUGAACUGUCAUAUUAGUGAUGAAGACUCUCCUUCCUGGGCAACGCUGAGGAUGACUGAAUUCCUCCCAGCAUUCUCCCCUGGUGAUGCAAAAAUGGAAAGAGAUGUUACCCUUAAAAGGCCCACUGAUGUUUUUAGUGACAAGUGCGCCCUCCUUGUUAGCAUGACACAACCUGUUCUCGAUCACUCCAAUCUAAAAAUACACAAUUCUGAUCAUGUUCUUCAGGUGUUGGGGGUUCAUAACAGUCCACCCUCUGAGGUGGUGAUUCAGCAGCUGAAAGAAGCACACAAGCAAUCUCAAAGCAUAGACAAAUCAGUGCUUCACAAAAUAGCCUUUGAAUGCUACAAGUUUCUGGAUCAGCGCCUCUGUGAUUCAGAGAAUGCCACUUCAAUCUCACAGAGUGCAAACUCAUUCCCCUUUGUUCUUGUCGGUAAUACUUUUGUGAAUUUGGACCGUGUAGCUGAAAAACAGCAAUUUGAAGCAACACCCUAUCUGCAUGUUCUUCCACCAGCUUUCAGCAAUUUCAGGACACUGUGGGAAAAUGUUGGUGUGGAGAAAAAAUUUACACUCAGCCAAUGCUUGACUGUUCUCCAUGAACUCCACACUAAACACAGAAAAAAGCCUUUACCAAAGAAUGAUCUAGAAAUCUGCCUUACAAUUUUAAACAGAGGAAUUUAUGAGGCCAAUGAGGAAACUCCAGGUGACUGUCCUGUACCCAAUGAACAUGGUGUGUUACAACCUGCAAGGGAGCUGUUCUUUAAUGACAGCCAGUGGAUGCCAGUAACUUCGGGAGUCAUUUUGUGCCACAAAAAAAUUCCUCGUGUUAUGGCUCUCCACUUUGGCAUCAAAACCACUAGACAUAAUACUUUACAAAACCAUGUAAAUGAGAGCAUUUCACCAUUUGCCUUUCAGUUUCAACAGCAGGAACAACUAACUGUUAGAAUUAAAAACAUAAUUUCAGCCUACCCAGCAAAGAAGGAUAUUCUCAAAGAGCUCAUCCAAAAUGCUGAUGAUGCUGAAGCAACUGAAAUUCACUUUGUUUGGGACAAACGCCAUCAUAGCACAGAAAAAACAUUUGGAGACAAGUGGAAGCCUCUGCAGGGUCCAGCACUAUGUGUUUUUAAUGACAAAGUGUUCUCUGAUGAUGACUUGGCUGGCAUUCAGCAACUGGGAGAAGGAGGAAAGCACAAUUCUCCAGGAAAGACAGGAAAAUAUGGACUUGGAUUCAACUCAGUUUAUCAUCUGACUGACUGCCCUUCAGUUCUCACUGGAGAUGAGUUACUUUGCAUUUCUGAUCCCAAUCAAAGUUACAUUGAAAGUUCUUCAGAGAUAUCACCUGCUGGUAUUGGUUAUAAACUGGCUGAUAUUUUCAAGAAGAUGUACAUAGAUGUCUACAACUCCUUUCUUCCAGAUAAAUUUCCUCUUAAAAAGGGCACCAUGUUCAGGUUACCUUUAAGAGUGGGUACCUUGGCAGACAGUUCCAAAAUAUCUCAGCAUGCUGUCACUGACCAUGACAUGAAAGAACUUUGUUCUGCCCUAUCAGAAGAUCCUGAAGGGUUAAUCCUGUUUCUGAAAAACAUUUGUAAAAUAACAGUGCAUGAAAUCAAUGAAUCAGGGAAGCUCCAUACCAUCUUUGCAGUUGAAAAACAUCUUCCAAACUCCAGCAGAGAAGAAAAAGAUACUUUUGUGAAGCUUCUACAGCAAGCAAUGCAGUUGGAGAAACCAGCAGCUCCACACAAGGCUAUUUAUCAAAUAUUAAUUUCAACUUCAAAUAAAAGGGAGAGCAACUGGAUAAUCGCAGAACAGUUUGGCUCGUUCAAAAACAGUGAUGAACAAAAAAUAAAAUCAACGGCCAAACUCCCUCAUGCUGCUGUAGCAGCAAGGGUAGGCUUAAAGUCCUCAGCUCCAGAGCCACCCAGCGUUAAGGGUUUUAUUGGAGAAGCCUUUUCUUCCCUCCCUUUGCCAGGGAAAACUGGACUGCCGGUGCAUGUCAAUGGAAACUUUGAGGUAGAUUCCUCCAGAAGAGGCCUGUGGAAAGAAGAUGUCCAAAGUCUGAAAUCCAACUGGAAUGAAUUGUUGAAGCAAAAUGUCAUAGGUCCACUGUAUGCAGACCUCCUUCAUUACAUCAGCCGCAACAUUUCAGUUACAAAAGUGUCUUCCGCACAACUUGAGUCAUGCCUCUACCAUCCUUACUUGUGCUUCUUUCCCACUGUGUCCAAAGAUGUUGGUCAGGACUGGCAUGAAAUGAUACAUGAAGUAUACAGAUCCCUGAAAGAAAGAGACCUUAAAGUAAUCCCAGUGUUGAAGAGUUCAACAUGUAUAAUUGCAGACUGGCAUGUGAAAGAAUACACCUUUUACUGGUGUAACAUCACAGAAACAGAAUCUACCAAAGCACUCUAUCUGACAGACUCAGGACUUAAUCUGAUCACUUCCAUUUUGGAGGAUGUUGGAAUAAAAUUGGUUCCAUUUUCACAUAAAAUGGAACAAAUUUGGUGGAGUUUCAGAUCUGCUGGCAUUGAAGUGAAGGAUGUCAAUCCGUCAACAGUGCAAACUUUCCUGAAAAAUGAACCUCUCAAUGAUCCAACAAAAACAGACAAACAGUUACCAUUGCCCAUAGUAGACACUCUGAUCAGAGACCAGGAAAGAUGUUCAUGUCUCUUGAAAUUCUGCUUAAAAGACCAAGUCCCAGAAAACAUCAAGGCAGAAGCCGCCGAGCCCGAUUCCACUUUACUUGAUGGGCUUCCACUUCUUCUCACAAGAGAUAAAGUUUUGAGAGUUUUUAACUCCAAAUCUCCCAAGCUGAUAUCAAGAUAUGACAGCCUCUUUAUUGGCUAUGAGGACCAAUUUGCAGAUUAUCAGACAAAUGGAGACCACAUUGAGGUUCUUCAGACCUUAAGCCUUGUGAAUGCAUUGACAGUUCCUUGUGCAGCAAAGUACUUGAGGCCAUUAAUUCAAUGCUUCCUUCAGAAAUGUGAAGUUGUUCCAGAAAAUGGUCACCGUGCCCCAAGUAAGGAAAUGUCAGAGUGGUUGAAAUCCCUUUGGAAGUUCUUAACAAGUGAACUCCAACCAGCAACAUCUGGCAAUGAUGAAGGCAAUUUGACAUUAAGUGGUGUAAGGGAACUUUUCAGUGACUGCUGCAUUUUACCUGUUGUGUGUCCAAGGCUAAACAACAAGGAGUUUCUGUUAAGAAUGAAAGACAUGCCAAGUGUGAUUCAUUUUGCCUCAGAAAGGGACCUGUCAAGCAUCCUGUUUAAACUUGGUUUGAUGAAGCUUAACACUGUAUUCUUCAAUGACAUACACUGGCAGCUAUAUUCCCUCCUGCACUCUGAACUUAUGGAUGUAAAUGACAAAAGUUCUGUGUUGGACCAACUCUACAACAUUGAGAGAUCAGAGUUCUCCCAGCUUUCCAGUGAUGAAAUGAAUGAGCUUAAGGGCUUCUUGAAUUCUGGAGUUUCCAAGUCCAAAGACAACCCAGAUUAUCAGAGGAAGUUCAAGUCUUUGCCAUUAUUUGAAACAAUAAAUGGUGAACGGGUGAGGAUCAAUGGACCUACAGAGGUAUUUAUACUUGACAUGAGUACAGAUACAAUGAAAAGAUAUCCUGAUUUGUUCACAUUGCCUGGCAACAACAUUUUCCUCAAAGGCAACCUCGAGAACCACAAUCUUUCAGAAACACUGACAAUCCAAACCUUGUCUAAACUGGAGUACUUUGUCAAGUUCAUUUUGCCCAUUGUCCACAAACUCACAGACAGACAGAUGUUCCAUUGUCUGAAGUUGUUAGUUUCACUAAAACAUGAUUACAACUACAGUGAUUUUAAGGACAAAAUCAUCACCUCACUUAAGACAGUCAAACUGAUUCGUAGUUCUCUUGGCAACUUGGAAAUGGCGUCAUAUUACUUUGACGACAGCGUUGAACUAUACAAGAAGAUGUUGCCAGAGGACAGAUUUGUACCUGAGACAUUUUGGACUGAGUUGUGUGAAGAAAAUACACAAACAAUGGAACAAUCAAAAGAUUUACUCAGAGAACUUGGCAUGAGGCACACUGUGUCAACAGAUGACAUAAUAAAAUUUGCUCACCAGAUAGAAUCAGAAACAAAAGGAAACAGUCCUCUUGAUGAGCUGAAGAAGAAGUCGUCAUUGCUUUUCAGAGAAGCAUUGAUAUUUGUCAAUGACCAACACAAUGACAAAAAUGGAGGGGGAAGGUUGCUGGAAAGCCUCACUGAUAUUGAGUUCAUUUUCCCUGUGGAAAUUAAAAAAGAACUGUGUGACUAUCACCAACCAUUUGCAGCUGGAAGAACUGCUGUUAAAAUCAGAGGAUCUUUGAUUGACAGUGAGCAGAAACACCAGGAACUGAUUUGGUCGUCAAUGCCAAUUAUACAUUUGCCUUGUUAUAAGUCAUCAGAGAUUCUGAAGACACUAAAAGAUGCAGGAGCUCUUGAACAACCACCUUCACAGUGUGUUACCACAAACAUGAGCAACAUCUGCCAGUCGCCAUGUAGAAAUGAGAAGUUGAUUGAGACUCGUGCUGAUGUAUUUCGAAGUUCUUAUGAAUACUUACAAACAAAUGAGUUUAAAAGCCAACAACUGGCUGGCCUUCCUGUUGUGUUGGUUGAAAAGGACAAAGAACUUGUAAGGACUGACAAUGCAUCACUUUCACUACCACAUGAUCUUGAGUUCAGACCAUAUUUGUACAACAUUCCUCGAAAGUUUGCCAUCUAUAAAGAUUUUUUCAAGAAAAUUGGUGUAACGCAGAAACCCACAGCAGCCCAGUACUGUAAUGUUUUGGCAGCAGUGCACAAAGAUUCCCAUGAUAAACAGGAACUAAACCCGAACCAAGAGAAAACUGUGAAACGUGCUGUUGAGCAACUAUUUAAGCUUCUCAAAAAUGAGGGAAACCAAUCCCUUAAUGCUGUCAAAACAUUGUAUCUUCCUGCAGUAGAUGGUAAGCUAAUUGAAUCAUGUGAGCUCUACUACAAUAACACAGCAUAUGAAGCAAGGCGAUUGGAAGAAGCCUUGAGGAAAAAGGUCCUGUUGCUUCAGAACCUCAGUGAAUGUCAUCUUGGGAAAGACAUUUUUGAGCAUCAUCGGCUGCUGCAACUGCUGCCUCAAAAGUUUCGGCCUAAAAUGUUGUCAGAGUUCACUGAAGAGAGACUAGUUGAGUCACACAUGGAGCUCUGUGAAUGGAACUGUGAUUUCAGUGGAUGGUUUGACCAACAUCUUUCUUCAUCACACCUUAGACAUGGAGUAAUCUGUCUCAUCAGAGCGCAGUCUGAUGGAAAAAUAACACAAGAAGAUGCCACCAAUUUGUGGGAUAAGACCUUCGGCAGUAUCCAGAUUACUUGCUGUGAAAGCCUGAAAACAGAACUUUGGCUAGACAAUCAACCACUAAAGAAUACUGCCAGAGAAACCAAGGUUUUUGUCAAACAAGGGAAAGAAACUUGCAUCUUUUACUUAAAACACAGUGAUGUCAGUGUUCUUAAGGUGAUGAAUGAAGUCUGUGGGACACUGGCAAAAAAAAUCAAUGCUCUAUUAGGAAACCAAUUCUCAUCAGACUAUGUCAUGGCCCUUGAGCAACUUCUGAUGUGUGACAGUUUGGAAGAUGUACAGCAGAUACUUGCCAAGAAUCAGAUCCAUGACAGUGUUGAAACUGAAAGCUUCCUUCGCAAACCACCAGCUCCUGGGACAGAAAUCCCAGAGGAAUGGCAUGACUCCUUAGACAUGGACACGCUUAACAACUUUGAGGAGGGGGAGUACGUGGGUUACUACACAAGUGACAAGUAUAUUUAUGCAAUCAUUGUUGAAGAACUGCCUGGACUCUCUGGACCAUACUCAUGGAAAUACAAAAUAGAUAUUGGAAAGGAUGAGCCAAUUGAGGUCGGACGUCUUGACUUAUACCAGUUUAAAUGUAAAAAGAAGCCAACACCUGAGAAGUGGACUGAAUCUUCUUGCAUGAUGCAGGUGCCACUUUAUGGAGCAGAGCCACAUUCCUCCCAACAAUCAUCUACAAGAUCAUCAUCAUCAUCGUCAUCUUCGAGAUCCACACCAGCAACACUCGAUAAAGCAAAAAGGGAAAUUUACAAAUGCUUGGCAGAUAUUUGGACUCUUCCUAAGGAGGAUAGGAAUAAAGCCAUCAAGCGACUGUACCUUAGAUGGCACCCUGACAAAAACCCUGGCUGCAAACAGCUUGCCACUGAAGCUUUCAUGUACUUGCAGAACAGAAUUGAUGAGCUCACGACAGGUAAAUCCAAAGCCAAAUCUUCAGGCUCAUCAUAUGGACGUACAUCAGAUGCAUGGGAUGAUUUUAAAGACUUCUUCCGUCAAUGGAACGAGGAGGCCAGACAUCACAGACACGGUCGAGAGAGAUUUUUCAGAAGAAACCGUUCCUACAACUUUUGGACUCAUUAUGAAAAUGUCCCGAGGCCUAACAAAGAGGAAGCCCAGCGCUGGUUUAAACAGGCCCGUUGCGACCUUAACGCAACUCAAAAAGACACAGGGGGAGGAAGCACAGAGUGGUGUCUGUUCAAAGUCCAUCAAGCAGUUGAAAAGUCUCUAAUAGCUGCAGGUUAUAAAAAACACGGGAAGCGCCCAAUUGGCACCACGAUUUCAGACAUGGCUACACAAGUUUCCUCCUACAGCGAUCAUCUGAGAACCCUGCCUCAAAUUGUGAGGGAUCUGAAAAUGCUGGGCGUACAUCCUAAAAAGACUCAAUAUCCAAACUGUCAUCCGACUCCACGCAUUCCAAAUGAAAUGUUCAAAUCAGAGGAUGAAAAACAAGCACUGGACAAGGCCUCUGAGCUUCUCAAUAAAGUAGAAGCAUAUGUGAAUUAGGGGUCGAGAUAAAUGACGUGCCAUGUUGACAGUCAACUUUGUUUCCACCUGUAAAACUGGUAUCACCAUGAAAACAGUGACAUUAUGUACAUUUAUAAUAAUCAGAGUAGUCACUAUGAAGCCGAAGUUUUUCUGAUAUUAUAAGUGGUAUCUGUAUUAAUACCAACAAUCAAUAUUUCUUUGCAAUGUUUUAAAUACUUUGUUAGAUCUAAUGUAAUCUCUGUAGAACCAUCAUUUAUGCUAACUUCAUGUUAUUUGAAUGUCAAAAAAAGUUCACCAGUAACUCCUUGUUGUCAGCUGUUUUUUUCUAUGUAAGAAUGAAAAUAACCAAAAAUGGGACCUAAAAGCAGCUCCUGCUUUUUGUUAUGAGUAAAUUGUUUGCAAUAGCAGAAACCGAAGUUUUGAAAUAUUAUUUGCACUGUCCAUUUAAUGACUUAAAGCACUGUAUGUUAAUAUAUUGUUAAAGAGAAUAAAACUGGUUUGCAGCCCA